GCUUAUGCAUAUGAUGCUGGUAUAGGCUGUAUGUCAUGGAAUGGAACCUUGAUUGACAUUCAAAAGUUCCCCAGUGGUGGGAUGGAUCUUUACAUUCGUUUGGCAUACUCAGAACUUGGACAAAAGAAAGAUGUAAAAUUAAUAAUCAUGAUAACAACAGUGAUCGUAGGAACCAUCAUCUUUUGCAUCUGCACACUGUUCGUAAGAAGGUGGAUGGUGGCUAAAGGAAAAGCAUGGAAAGAGAAAAGUGAAGAAAUGUUGUUUGGUAGAAGGACAACCAGCACAACUGAAGUUAAACUCCAAGAGUUACCACUGUUCAAAUUUGAGGAACUGGCAACUGCAACAAAACAAUUUAAUCUUACAAAUCAGCUAGGGCAGGGAGGUUUUGGUCCCGUAUACAGGGGAACAUUGCAAAAUGGGCAGGAAAUAGCAGUGAAAAGACUGUCUAGCGCAUCAGGACAAGGAUUAGAAGAAUUUAUGAAUGAAGUAUUUGUCAUUUCCAAGCUCCAACACCGAAAUCUCGUAAGGCUUCUAGGGUGCUGUGUGGAGCGAGAGGAGAAGAUUUUGGUCUAUGAGUUCAUGCCAAAUAAAAGCUUGGACACUUAUUUGUUUGAUCCAAUCAGAAAAGAAUUCCUAGAUUGGAGAAAACGAUUCAAUAUCAUUGAAGGAAUUAGCCGAGGUCUCCUUUAUCUACAUAGGGAUUCUAGGCUACGGAUUAUUCAUAGAGAUCUAAAGGCAAGUAACAUCUUGUUGGAUGAAGAGUUGAAUCCAAAAAUUUCGGACUUUGGAAUGGCUAGGAUUUUCAGAGGAAAUGAGGAUGAAGCCAAUACUAGAAGGGUCGUUGGGACAUAUGGCUAUAUGUCCCCUGAAUAUGCAAUGGUAGGAUUAUUUUCAGAGAAAUCCGAUGUAUUCAGCUAUGGACUUCCUCGAGCAGCUUUUCAACUUUUGCCAGUUCUUGGUAUAUUGACAGUGGUUGUACAAGCCACAUGGCUUAAGAUGAAAGUAUCUUCUUGGACUUGGACAAAUAGUGAAAACAAGUGUCAAGCUUGGAAAUGGCACUGUGGUUGUCUCACAAGGAAAGGGAACAGUAGCAAUCCCAACAAGUUCAGCAAAGCUCAAGUGUUCUUAGUGUUCAAGAAGUUCAAGGCCUUGGUUGAAAACCAAAGUGGAUGCAGAAUUAAGAAGCUCAAAUCAGACAAUGGUAAAGAAUAUACCUCUGCUGAGUUUAAUAAUUUUUGUGAAGAGGCCGGCAUCCAACACCAACUUACAGUCAGCUAUACUCCAGAGCAGAAUGGAGUUUCUGAGAGAAAGAACAAUACAGUUAUGGAAAUGGCCAGAACAAAGUUGAAUCCCAAUGGGUCUGUUCAUAAAUACAAGGCCAGGUUGGUGGUCAAAGGCUAUGCUCAAGAGCCUGGAGUUGAUUAUGGUGAGACUUUCGCACCAGUAGCCAGGCAUGAUACAAUUAAACUCCUUGUUGCAUUAGUUGCAAAUUUGGGUUGGAAAGUCUAUCAUAUGGAUGUUAAAUCAGCCUUCUUGAAUGGAAUCCUAGAGGAAGAAAUUUAUGUUGAACAACCUCAAGGUUUUGAAGUUGCAGGAAAAGAGGACUAUGUGUAUAGGCUUAACAAAGCCUUAUACGGUCUGAAACAGGCACCAAGAGCCUGGCUUGAAGGUUAUGUUGACAGUGAUUGGGCUGGUUGUGAAGAUGAUAUGAAGAGCACAAUUGGUUAUGUCUUUUCUUUUGGUUUUGGAGCAUUUUCUUGGAUUUCAAAGAAGCAAGAUGUGGUAGCACAACCCAGCGCUAAAGCAGAAUAUGUUGCAGCAUCUGCAGCUGCAAAUCAAGUUGUAUGGUCAGCCUUGAAGCUGAUAAAGAAGAAGAAACCUUUUAUCUUUCUUAUGCUCUUGGAACACGAUAAGAUUGUAUGGUCUAAUCCACAAAACGAAUGUGAAGUUUAUGGAAAGUGUGGGCCAUUUGGAAGUUGUGAUUCUCAGAAACCAACAAUUUGCAGCUGUUUGAGAGGUUUUGAACCCAAGAAUAGAGAGGAAUGGAACAGAGGAUUUUGGACUAGUGGUUGCGUUAGGAGUACAAUAUUGCAGUGCAAUAGAACAAACAACAGUAGAGAAGUAGAGAUUGUUAGUGGGAGAAGAAACACAAGUUUUGGUAAUGAUGAGGAUACUUCAAGCCUUCUGGAAUAUGCUUGGAAAUUGUGGAAUGAUGACAACAUUUUGGCAAUGGUAGAGAAGGUGGUUUGCGAUCCAUGCCACCGUAGAGAGAUUCUAAGAUGCAUACAUGUGGGAUUGUUGUGUGUGCAAGAAAUGGCAAAAGAUAGACCAACAAUAUCCACAGUCAUUUCAAUGCUCAACAGCGAGAUUGUGGAUCUGCCUUCUCCAAAACAACCAGCUUUCAUUCUAAAACAGAUUGUAAGAGAUGCAAAGUCCUCUUCUCAAAAUGGUCAACGGAGAUGCUCUGUAAACAAUGUGACUGUUACAAUUGUUCAAGGCCGAUAAUAAGCAAGUCCUUAAGAUGGGCAAUUCCUACUUCAUAGCAACUUGAGAAUAGUAUUAGUCCUAAGAAAAGAGAAGUAAGAUGAACAAUUGUUGCUGCAUGGCAACUUGAAGAUAGUGUUAGUCAUAAUAAAAGGGAAGUAGCUUG